UCUUCAUGAUAGUAGUAUAGCAAGACCUUUGCUUGAAUUAAUUUUGAAGUUUCGAAGCGCGAAUGUCAAAUUGUGUUGACUGCUGUAAAAAGUUGGGUUAUGUUAAGCAUUCAGUUAGCAGUAGACUUUCUCCCGCAUUUCGAUGGAGACUCCAGUUUUAACAAAAAAUCAACAGAAGCGCACUUUAGCAGGAAAGAAGAAACCACGUGAGAAGUGCCUCCGUAAUGUGUUGAUGAAACCCAAGAUAUUUACGAAUUUGGUGGCCGAUGAAGCUGUUGCUGAAAACAUUUUCAAAACCCUGGAAAGCACAAUUAAUGAAAGUGAAGAACAAAUAACAUCUGAUGUCAAAACCAGUAAAUGUGAUAAUCCCAAGAGAAAAACAGAAAAAAACAAAAGGCAAAGAGUGCUCAAAGAGAAAGGACUGAGGAAAUAUUUAUGUCUGGGUGUGAAUGAGGUUGCACGUGCUGUUGAGGGUGGGCACAUUCUAUCUGUGCUACUUGAGAAGGAUGUUGAUCCACAGUUUAUGGUAUCACAUAUAGGAACUUUGUGUGCAGUUCACAAUAUUCCAUGCAUUGUUGUGUCAGGCCUGAGAAAUGGGACAAUCAGAGCAUUUGGAUUUCCAUGCAUAUGUCUUGGAGUGAAGGUUGUCAAUAGCAAUGAGGAAAAUGCAUUUGCAGCUAUGCAUCAGUGUAUCUUAGAGGUCUUCCAUGCCCUUUCUUUCAGUAAGUCACCUACUGAAUUACAGGCUGACUCACCAGUUUCUGUAGAAACAACACAACUAUCGGAAGAAUUAGAAAAUGUUGAAGCUGUAGCAAAACCUGAAGCUGAAAAUAAAAAUGUAGAUGAUGAUAAAUCAUUUACAGCCUUUUAUAGGUACAGAACUAGUACUAAGGAAAGAGUGUUUGUACCACAAGGACGUAAGCAAACAACAGAUGAAUUUAUCUCCAUUGGAUCCACAGAAGAAAAUAUCACUUCUCUGCAAAGUUUGAAAGGAAUUUCAGUAAAUUUUUCAUCCUUGGAUAGAAUGAAUUUGAAAAGGAAGAAUAAAUCGGAGAAUCAGUCAGGAAUCAAUGACUUUGGUGUGGAGUACAGAUUGCAUGAAAUAAAACGGAUACGACCAAAUCCAGAUAAAAAGAAGAAACUGAAAAAAAAUUUGCAGCAAGGUGGAUCAAGUCUCAGCACCAUAGCGCCCUUGACAAACCAGCAGGCAAACCCUCGAAUCUUCACGAGCAGUCUCAUUCAUCUCGUCUCUUCAACUAAACUCUACUGAUGACACAGAGGACACAGUAUCAAAAGAUGAUGGUGAUGUAGCUCUUGAAGAACAUGUACCUCCCACAUAUGUCAAGCACUUAUUUUCAAAUGUUCUUUUUAAAGCAGCCUUGGGAGAGUAUGAACAGCAAACUCCGAGCAUCGAAACAUUGGUUGCAAAACCUAGCUGUGAAAUUGUAUAUGUGGACAAUAAUAAUUGUGACGAAUUUGUUCUAACAGAAACAGAAGAGCUUGAAUUAAUUUAAUUUUAGAAAUAAAUAUUUUAACAGUUUUUUAA